CCCACGGACGCACACACGCACCCACAUACAUGCACACGCGCGCCCGCCGCCGCACGCUCUCGCGCACACGCCCCGCGGGGAAGGAAGGAACCAGCGGCGGCCGGACGCCCCGCAGCCCCCGCCGCCGCCGCCGCCGUCAGGAGCCCCCGCCACCGCCGCCGCCGCCGCCGCCGCCGGCUUUUGUCUGCCGCCCCCGCCGGGAGCCGACCCUCCGCUCGGCCGGCGCCCGCCCGGGAGCAUGGACGCGGCGCUCUGAGAGCCGCGAGGGGGACCCGCCGGGGGCGGAUUUUGAAGUUUGAAUAAGGAUUUUUUUUUUUUAUCGCUUCCCCUUCCCCCUUCUCCCCCCGCCGGUGCCGUUCAGUCCCUUCCCCCAUCUUCCCUGACAGGUUUUUUUUUUUUUCCCUUCAGCUUUUCUUUUUCUUUUUAAUCCGCCGCGUGGGGUUGGAUUUUUAUUUUUUUUUAUUGUCGCUAUUAUUAUUUUUUAUUUGGUUGUACCCGUCUCUACCCGCCCGUAGAGACCGGUCUCCCCGGGCGGCCGCCGCCGAGCGCCACCCCCCGACCCCGCGGGGCUGCCAUGGAUCGCACCGGCGGCUCCGGCGGGGGCAGCGACCGCAGGCAGACCGAGGAGAGCAAGCCGCUGCUGGGCGAGAUGUCCGCUCCCGAGGGGAAUAAAAUGGGUGCCGCGCCGUGCCGGAGAACCCUGCUCCACUGCAACGGCAUGAGGUACAAGCUGCUGCAGGAGGGGGACAUCCAGGUGUGUGUCAUCCGGCACCCCCGGACGUUUCUCAGCAAGAUCCUCACCUCCAAGUUCCUGCGGCGGUGGGAGCCGCACCACUUGACCCUGGCGGACAACAGCGUCGCCUCGGCCACGCCAACUGGGUACAUGGAAAACUCCAUUUCCUACAGUGCUAUUGAAGAUGUUCAACUCCUCUCCUGGGAGAAUGCCCCUAAGUACUGUUUACAGCUCACAAUCCCAGGGGGUACUGUCUUACUGCAGGCUGCAAACAGUUACCUGAGGGAUCAGUGGUUCCAUUCUUUGCAGUGGAAGAAAAAGAUUUACAAGUACAAGAAGGUGCUCAGUAACCCCAGCCGCUGGGAGGUGGUGUUGAAGGAGAUCAGGACGCUGGUGGACAUGGCACUGACGUCUCCACUUCAGGAUGACUCUAUUCACCAAGCACCACUGGAGAUUGUCUCAAAGCUGCUCUCAGAGAACAACAACUUAACCACUCAAGACCAUGAGAGCAUUAUUGUGGCAAUAGCACCUUUGCUGGAAAACAACCAUCCUCCUCCUGACCUCUGUGAAUUCUUCUGCAAGCACUGCCGAGAGCGCCCGCGGUCCAUGGUUGUGAUAGAAGUGUUCACACCAGUGGUACAGAGGAUUCUCAAACACAACAUGGCAUGUUUCACCAGCUUCACUGAGUCUCUCCUUUUUGGACAGGAUUUUGGGAAGUGUCCUCGAUUGCGGCUGUUUACUCAGGAGUAUAUUCUGGCUUUGAAUGAGCUGAAUGCUGGAAUGGAGGUGGUGAAGAAGUUUAUUCAGAGCAUGCAUGGUCCAACUGGACAAUGCCCCCAUCCCAGGGUCCUGCCGAAUCUUGUAGCUGUCUGCUUAGCAGCCAUUUAUUCGUGUUAUGAGGAAUUUAUCAACAGUCGAGACAAUUCUCCAAGCCUGAAGGAAAUUCGGAAUGGCUGCCAGCAGCAGUGCGACCGAAAGCCUAAUCUCCCCCUCCGCCUUCUUCACACAAGUCCUGACCUGGUCUCUCAAGAGGCCACCUUGACUGAAUCCCGUCUCAAACCAGUUAUUGUCACUUCAAAUGAGAUCCAUGUGGAAGUGGAGCGCAACAACACAGCUAAUCAGAAGAUGACAGCCAACGUUGGCAAUGACAGUGAGCCCAACCUGAUUGAUUGCUUGAUGGUCAGUCCUACCUGCAGCACCAUGAGCAUUGAGCUGAGUGCCCAGGCAGACAGGAUCCUUGGCUGUUAUGUUGAAAUACUCAAGAUGCUGUCAGACUAUGAUGACUGGAGACCAGCUCUAGCCAGCUUGCUUCAACCUAUCCCAUUUCCCAAGGAGGCUCUUGCACAUGAGAAAUUCACAAAGGAGCUGAAAUACGUGAUUCAGAGAUUUGCAGAAGACCCGAGGCAAGAAGUCCACUCAUGUUUGCUGAGUGUGCGGGCUGGCAAAGAUGGCUGGUUCCAGCUCUACAGCCCUGGAGGAGUGGCAUGUGAUGAUGAUGGAGAGCUGUUUGCCAGUAUGGUACGUGUCUGCAAUAAUGUUCAUAUUUUAAUGGGAUCCUGCUAUAAAACAAAGAAGUUCCUGCUUUCACUGGCUGAAAAUAAAUUAGGACCUUGCAUGCUACUGGCUUUGAGGGGUAACCAGACAAUGGUAGAGAUUUUGUGUUUGAUGCUGGAAUACAACAUCAUCGAUAAUAACGACACCCAGCUCCAGAUCAUCUCUACCCUGGAAAGCACAGACGUGGGAAAGAGAAUGUAUGAACAGCUGUGUGACAGGCAGAGGGAGUUAAAAGAGCUGCAAAGAAAAGGUGGUCCCACAAGGUUAACACUGCCAUCCAAGUCCACGGAUGCAGACCUGGCCCGCUUGCUAAGCUCGGGAUCUUUUGGAAAUUUGGAAAACCUCAGCCUGGCCUUUACCAAUGUGACAAGUGCUUGUGCUGAGCACCUCAUUAAACUGCCUUCACUCAAGCAGCUGAACCUGUGGUCAACUCAGUUCGGAGAUGCAGGGUUGCGGCUUCUGUCUGAACACCUCACGAUGCUGCAAGUGCUCAACCUGUGCGAGACUCCUGUCACGGAUGCUGGGCUGCUGGCACUUAGUUCCAUGAAGAGCCUGUGUAGUUUAAAUAUGAACAGCACCAAACUUUCAGCAGAUACCUACGAAGAUCUCAAGGCUAAACUACCUAAUCUGAAAGAAGUGGACGUCCGCUACACCGAAGCGUGGUGAACUCUCCCUGCCUCCAGCUCUUCUCUUUUGCUUCUCAUGAGAAGGAAAAGAUUUUUAAAACAAACAGAGAAAAACAAACCGGAAAAUAACUUUUGGCUAAUACCUGUAGAGCAGUGAGUCCUGGGACUUGGUGGUAGGAGUCGUGGUUGUGGGGUAGAGGAGUGGCAUUGUGUGUGUCGGGGGGGACGGGGCAAGUCUGGACCCGGCUGGAUUCUUUCAGCUUUGUGAUUUCGGAAUCAACAUAAUUUAAAUUGAAAAGGAAAAAAAAAAAAAAAAAAAAAAAAAAAGGACUUUGUAGCAGCAAGAGGAUUAUAAAGAGGAAAAAAACACCUUUGUGGAAUUUAUUUGCCUUUGUGUUUUAUGCCGUGUGGAGGAAAAAAAAAAAAAUUAUUCAUUUGUCAUAUAUACCUGGGUUUCCCUGGGUGUCACUCAUCCAGUCCGAACUCCUCUUUCUCCAGUUUUGCUCCAGAAAAUCAAACUUACAAAAAUCUCAAGAGAAGAAAACCAAAACCAGUAUGAUUUUCACCUCCCCCCUGCUCCGCUCCCCGCCCCCUCCUUGCAGUUGUUAUGCAAAGUAAUUUUGUUGUACAUAAGAUUUACAUAAUGCACCUAUUUAAGAAAAUGGUUCACAAAUAACAGGUCUGGGACCUGUCUUUUAUUUAUGAAUUGUUAAUUCUUUUACCCUUUUUUUGCGUAUAGUACUGUAUAAACUAGUUUGCUGUCUUGUUGUUAUUAUUAUUUUUUUUUAAAAGGAAAUGUCCUCCUUGAAGAAUUGCCUUUUAGUAAUGCAUACUGUAUUAUACUCCCUCUCUGUCACAACAUUCAUUGCAUUGUCUUUUCGAUUUUAAAAUGCCUCAAACGUUAUCAAAUAGGAAGGAAAAUACCUAUCAAGGGGGGUGUGGUUGUUGGGGGAGGGGGUGCAGGGAUUAAUAAAAGUCGCAUUUCCUUCCGAAGUCUGAAAACUUUCUUUAGUCCUUUAAACCAUGUCAGGUUUAAACAUGGGAGAUGGGGAAAAGAUGUCAUUUAUUUUGCCAAUGGGGUAUUUGCAAAACUCUGUAGAUUUUACAAGUUGCCUCGGUUGUUUUCUGUUUACGUCCGAUAUUUCAAAAAGAGAAAAAAAAAGCUCUCCCUCCAUUUUGUGCAUCAGCUUUUUCUACCCCCCCCCCCCCCGCCGCCCCCUUCUCUGCCCUCCCUUCCUUCCCCCUACCUGUUCUGUGCACGCAUUGUUCUGCAUGUUCCUCUGGGGAGACUGAAAAAAUAGCGUUGUUGCUGAUCCGAUAGCUCUGACCUGUCUGUAAAUGUGACUGCUACAUUUUUCAAAUUCCACAAUUGCUUAGAAGAUGAUUUUUUAAAAAUUGUGGUUUCUUUUAUAACUAUGCUGUUGACUUUUUUUUUCAUAAUGAGCCUUCAUUGUACAGAGCUGCUUAUUUAAAAAAAAAAAACCAAACAAAAAAAAAAAAAAACAAAAAGAAGUUUUUCCUCUGUUUAACACCUUUAUUUUAUUCUUCAGCACCUCAAGGUUUCACAUACAGCCAAUGUAAUUUUUUAUAUAUAAAUAUAUAUAUUUAAUCUUAUUCAAUGGAAGCCAAGCUUUUGUUUUUGUUUGUUUUUUUUUUUUUUUAAACUUUGUUGCUAUGUAGACAACCCCUACCCAAAUCAUGUUCGUUAUUUUUUCUUUUUUUUUUUUAAAUAAAUGAAACAGAAAUUGAGUCUUAACUCACGUAGCGUGCCAGGUUUUUUUUCCCCUUCAUAUCCCAAACUGUAUGCGGAUGCAGUAUGGGAAGAAAGAAGAAAAAAAAAAAAAAAAAAAGGAAGAAAAAUUAUGCCAACAUUUUCCUUAGCACUGUUGCUUUUACCAAUGGUUUACUACUACUGUUCUGUAGCUGUGUACAAAGAGAUGUGAAAUAAUUUCAGGCGAAAAUAAACUGUAAGUGAGUAUCUUUUA